AAGCACAGCGAAUUAUCUUUGGUAUUUUCAUAUAUGCUGACUACAUUAUAACUAUAUGAGCACAAUCCUAGCUGUUUACAACUUCUUUUGUGGAGAAUUCUCCUUUUCAGUUGCUGAUCGAGAGUAAUUUUAUAUAAGCUAGCUAGUCAUAUAUAACAAGGUUUAAGUUGCUCGAUCAGGGUGAGUAUAUAAUCUAAAUUUUCAUGCUAAGUACUUUUCUGCAAAUCUGUAUGAAGAUGAUCAGGAUCUCAAACAAGUACCCUUACCUGAUUAUUUCUAGUACUAGCUAGCUACCCACUUGAACACCUAAUUGAGAUUAAAAUUAUAGCGCGCGCGCCAAGAUAGCCCAAACAAAAGUAAUCAAGUCCUCUUGUAAGCCUUGGUACAUAUACUAUCAGCUUAAUUAGUCCUGAAACUUUGGUAAGGAUGCUUGGGAAAGUUGUGUUCGUGUUGUUCUUGAUCAUUACAUCAACAGCUGCCAUAGGUGGAGGUGGAGGACGUGGCGGAGGAGGAGACGGUGCAAGUGGAGGAAGUGGCGGAGGUGGAGGAAGUAGAGGCGGUGGAGGGGGUGCAAGUGGAGGACGUGGCGGAGGUGGAGGAGGUGCAAGUGGAGGACGUGGCGUAGGUGGAGGAAGUGGAGGCGGUGGAGGGGGUACAAGUGGAUAUGUAGGAGAUGGAGGACGUGGAGGCGGUGGAGGGGGUACAAGUGGAUAUGUAGGAGGUGGAGAACGUGGAGGCGGUGGAGGGGGUACAAGUGGAUAUGUAGGAGGUGGAGGACGUGGAGGCGGUGGAGGGCAUGUAAGUGGCGAUGUAGGAGGUGGACGUGGACGUGGAAGUGGAGGCACUCUUGGUUCAGCAGCAGCUGUGCUUUGUUACAUGACCUUGCAAUACUUGCUGUGAUCAAAUCCCCUUGGUUGGAUCAGCAGUCGCUGUGAUCAAAUCUACAACUUACUUGUUUUGAUCUCAGUCUUGAAAAUCAGUAGCAACUUUAUCUAGUGUAGAUUUCAACACCUUGAGAUGUUGUAGAUUUCAACAGUGUUGUCUAGCUAAUUCAGUUGUAUUUCAAUAUUUACAUUCGGGGUAAUUCGAUCGUAGUUAACAACAUGUGAAGUUACAGACAAUAUAUACACACGGGGAGAUCUAAUUCAUAUCAACAAGUUGAACUAUGGAAGUCCGGACCUAAGUAAGUGAAAUCUGUUUUGCCAUAGUAGGCAAUCAUAAUACCUGCAUUUGUACCAUUCUGUGUGGUAAA